ACAUUUUGAAGGAUACCUUUCACGGAUACAAUUCUUUUGAACGAGUCCGGAUCCUUAAAUGUCUCCCGAUCCACUUGGAAUUUCGUUUGUCUUUGAACUGCAGGUCUGCAUGGGCCCGAUUUAAGCUUCUGCCGUAGGAACUGAGUCUAAAAUGAAGUUAUGGGAUGUUCUAGCCACGUGUUUUUUGCUGCUGAGCUCCACGUCCGUCCGCCCCGUGUUCCCCAGGCCGCACCUGAAGAGAACGCCCCAGCCAGCCCUGCGUGCUGAGCCCCUCACCCACCACCCUGCCUUAAGCUCCCGUCCCGAAAUCGACAGUCUCAAACAAGUCUCCAUGGAAGAGCAAUAUGACAUCGACGGCCUAGAUCCGGAGCAGUUUGAUGAUGUAAUGGAUUUCAUCGAAGCAGCUAUUGGCCGACUGCGAAGGUCACCGGAGGAGGACAGCAGCUCAGAGGCCAAGAGGAGCAAAGGAAGGCAGAAAGGAGCGGUAAACGCGGAGAGAGGAAACCGAGGACGGGCAGAGAGGAAGAGGAUCCGUGGACGGGGCGGGGGACGGCUGAGCAAAGGGGUCAGAGAAGAACUGGUCAAAGGUCAGGGCCGUGGGUGCCUCCUUAAAGAGAUCCACCUCAAUGUCACAGACCUGGGGUUGGGAUACCAGACCAAAGAGGAGCUGAUCUUCAGGUACUGCAGCGGUCCGUGUCACGACUCAGAGACCAACUACGACAAGAUCCUGAACAACCUCAGCCACAACAGGAAGCUGGACAAAGAGUUGCCUUCACAAACCUGCUGCCGGCCAGUCGCUUUCGACGACGACCUCUCGUUCCUGGAUGACAACUUGGAGUACCACACGCUCAAGAAGCAUUCCGCCAAGAAGUGCGCUUGCGUUUGACCCGCGCGGUGGCGACGGGACGGUGUUCGAGGGGCCGGACGCCGGGACGCAGGGCCUGUGCGCAGACACAUGCUGCUUUUCGGAGGGAGCGUGGCGGGUCUACCCUACAGACCACCCCAGGCACGUGGGCCGGCGGCACGCCGCGAUGUGAUGGCAGCCGUGGCCCGCGUCAGGUCUGCCGCGGGCCCGUCUCACCGGACGAGCGCGAUUUAGGAGCCCAAGCUUCGGGGAAACACUCUUGGGCAGUGGAACGACUGCUCAGUGUUCACGCCGUGUUACCAAACAUCACCGGAGCAUUUCCUUAUAAGCGCAGCAUGAAAUGUAAAUGCUAUUUAAAUAGCAACAAUAAACCACUUCAUCAGCAAGUGACUGACGAAUCACGACCCAACAGCUGUACUGUUUAAGUAUAUACAAACUAAUUUAGGCAGAGUGCGUGGAAGCGCUAGAGACGGCUGCUAUCAGGUACUGCAUGGCAGGGGUCGCGGACACCGCAAAUCUAUGGACGUUUUCAUGUGGUUUCAUGGAGCCCCCUUUCCCCACCCCACCCCACACCCCAAACCUGCACCCAGAGACAGUAACUCCAUGCUGCCCCCAGAGGACCUCAGGAGAGUACAUUCUGAAAGUGCCCCCACCACUCGAUGCAGCAGCCAUGACAGAUAUAUAUAUAUAUAUAUAUAAAUGUAUUUAUUGAAAUUUAAUUAACUUAUUGUUAUUUAUUGCAAUCCAUUGUAUUAGAGUGUUUUUUUUUCCUAUUUAUUUGUGGAGCUUCCCCCCUUCCUGUCUUUCAUGGUGCCAAAGUGGAGCGUGUGUGUGUUUUCUAGGGAAACGCAGAUGAUGUGAUACUCUAACCUCAAGAAUUAGCUGUAAAAACAUCACUUGCUCAUUGUAGGACUUCCAAGCCUCGUCCAUCACCUUUUGUUUCGACUAAAACAUAUGGGAUAGUCGUAGCUCAUUAAAAACACAACAGCCAGGUGAACUAACUUAAGGACAAGUGGACCAACGAUAGUUGAAAUGGGGGAAAAAAAACAUUAUAAAAACCAGAAAUGCUCAUAGCUUAGUUGUGGAAAACAGAUUACUGUAUUUUUUCUGCCAUUUCUGUAGUUCACUGAGGAAAAAAAGGGAUGAUGUGAAUGAGAGCAAAGCCGCUGUCUAUGGUGGACCACUUGUUUUGCCCUCCAUUGGCGUUACACCAAUUUAAAAAAAACAAAACAUCACAAAUCCUGCCCAGUGUGUUUGUUCAACUGUAAUAAACUCACUCUGGGACAGGCUCCUAGCGUAACUAUACCGUACGCAACGGAGACCUAGACACAUCUCUCUUAGUGCGGUGGGGGUUGGAACAGCAAGACCUGGUUGAGGAGCUGCUCUUCAGAGGCACUGCCGAGCUUUUAAAACCCACCCUCAGACAUUUAACCCCGGGCCACCACGGCUCCUGGUUUCUGAGAGAUAUGCUUCUGUAUUCUUCGGCCAAACCGAAGUAUCCCCCCAUCGACAGAAGAUAGUGAAAUAACUGGGAAAGCUGCCCUGUACCAGGCAGCCUUUCCUGAAAGUACAGGACAGACACUCCGGUAAAUUCCAGACAGGAAGAACGAACACACACAGAAACAGAGCCUUCAUACAGAGUAGCACAGGCCAGCAGAAAGCACAGAUGCCGCUUACGACACACUCAUUGGGAAGGCAAAUUUAGUCUCGAUACUGUAGCUCACAGCCUGGGGGGACGCCUCGAUGUUUUUGCGGACUACCGAACUAGGGCUCGCACAUUAGUCAUCGAGCUAGCGUCACUCUAGCACACGCUCUGCACAGCACUCCAGAGAAAAUGUAAUCUCUGAAUAGAGGGGUUAAGUUUUCAGUCCACUCCUCUGAACAGCAAGUUGGCUCCAAAUGCCCUGGAAGACUUCAUCAGCUGUAUUUGCCCAAUCCUGAAUAAGAAACAUUUAUGAGUGAGUCUUUUCAGAUCAGACAGCUGGUACAAAACUGCUCUCACUAGCUCGACCUCCUGGCUCUACACCCAACACGUGUGCGCGUGCGUGCGCUGCUCUGUGCUCCUCUGUGCUCCUCUGUACUCCUCUGUCCCGGUGGGUGACGGUUUGCUCAGCUGUCAAACAUUCUGCUCUGAAUGAACCUUGUGGACACAUUGUCCAAACCUUAAGAGAGUGUAAACACGCAGAGUAGCGUGGAAAAGUGUUGAUCCGUGAGGAAAAAGGUCAUUUCCAGUGAGAAUACGAGGGGAAAGAAGUCUGUAAUCUUUCCACCCUGCAGUGUAUUGUCAGUCCUGUGAAAAGUUGUCUUGCUUGUUUUGUGUUACUAAACCAAAGCUCUCUACAGACUUUAUUUUUGUACAAUAUUCAUUUUAUAACUUUUUACAGAAUAAAACUUGUUUCUAUCACUUUGUUGUUUAUUAUGUUGCAUAAUCAAGAACAUUAAAAAAUCCUGUCAUUAAUAUACACACAUUUCAACCACCGCUAAUCAUGUACACUUAUGAUUUAUAGCAAAUAUGAUUUUUUACAACUUGACAAAUACUCUGGUAUCAAAGCAAUGAAGGGAGAUGAAUUAGCCUUUCGGCUCUCCCGGUCUCAGCUGGGCUCAGACUCUGAACAGAAAAGAGCGGGCCGGCUCUGUUUCUACUGCCGUCCUGCAUUCCUGAACACAGGCCCAGGGUUCUACGGUAAACAAAAUGGGCUGUAAAGCUACAUGCUGCAGUAAAUCUAGAGACUCGGGCGGGGAGGGGAGGGGUGAUCUGGGGAGGCUCUGCUCGGCGAGAGAUGGCGUUUGUGUGGGUGGGGGAUUGGUGGUGGCGGAUCACGCAGAGGUUCCUCCACUCCGUUUAGCUGCAGGUCUUCCUGUAACAGACACUAACAUCCCACCAAGAAUAGGACAGUCCGGGUUAAAAUUGAGCUCCUUGAACAUUCAGUCCCAACCGGGGCAGCGUAUUGGUAAUGAGGCACCAAACAGUACUCUGAACCACUUUGGAACAGCACAGUCACUUAAGGAGAAUGCUUAGUAUUAGUGACAGAGGAAACUCUGAACCAGACACAUGGGGCAUAAAUUAAUUAGGAGGGAGCAACCCAGCGUCACCAGUAGCUGCCGUUUUUAAAAGCCGCCUUCAUGUCGCUGUAAGCGGCGAGAGGAAGGCGCCCGACAGCCAAUGGUGUACGAGGUGAAACCACGACGGGGGCGGGCAGGCAAUCAGGGGCCGUAGUGACCCCACGCCCUCCCUGCCCUGCAGCUAAAGCGGAGGGAUGAGUGUGGCGGGCAUUGAUGGGCUGUGACAUCACUCUGCCGCUUUUCCGACAUUACGCGUGCGGUAAGGGACACCGGUGUGGGGGUGGGGCAACCGCUGACAUCACCACUCGGAAUAGGCCGUGGCGGAAUAGCCUGGGGGAGGGGAUAUGGUGGGGGAUAAAGACUCACCGCUUCCACACACGCUGCUGUUUCAGGGACUUAAUUGAGUGUGCACGCGCGCGCGCAAACACACACACACACACACACACACACACACACACACACCUCAACCCCCAGCCCACACAUCCUUCUGGCUUGAGCCCGAUUCACUUCGGGGGUUUUGUGGUUAGAGCAUUCCCUCGUCAGUGUCUGGAAAGAUGGUCACCACAGCUGGGCCUAAUGGCCCCUUGUGUGAAGUAAUUACACUGAGGGGAUUUGGAAGUAGCAGAUCAGCUCGUAGCUCCGAGGAUUAUUUAUAGGUCUAUAUGACAGCGUUCCUCAUCGGCGCAACCCCCCCCCCACCCCCAUCAGGAAAAAGCUUUCUAAGCACAGACCUCAAACAGAAGUCAAACAAGUGAUCUUUGAAAGCGAUAUUUCAAUAUCACGUGUCUGAAUAAAAUCACUGAACGGCUGUUGGGUUAGCCAGAGGGUAAAUUAAAGCAGAAAUAUGCAAUCCACGUACCCCGCAAGUGCCGCCUAAUUUCUCGGCUCAUCCAUCACCUAUGGCCUCUGUAGGCGCAACCUCAGGCAGUUCUAAAAGUAGGCAGAGGCAGGCGGGGGGGGGGGUCUCAAG